GUGAGCACUCCCUGGGCUGAUUACGGGAGGCAGAGCUGCCGGGGCUGGGCAAAAGCACCUCACUCUGCCCAGCUCCAGCUCCCGGGGGCACUGGCUGUCCCAGCCGCCCUCCCCAAGGAGAGCAAUUGAGAGCUGCACUGAGGGAAGGAAUUAUGGGGAAUGCAGUGAGUGUCCCGGAGGAAGCUGAGGAAGACAAUACAUGCACGGUAAAGAGUUAUCAGGCUUUAUCUGAAUCUCCUGAUGCUAUUAAAAAUGGAUCUGUGGCAUUUGUUCAGACUCAUUCUCCUGUGAUGAAUGGUGAAGUGGAUGCAAAGGCAAGUGUUGCACGGGAUAAUGCAUCUAUUUCUUCCCCGGAGACAAUGGAGCCGAGCCCCGUUCCCGACAUGGGCAGACAGAGUCUUGGGAGCGCUGCCAGGAGAGCUCUACCAUCUGCUAAAUCCCGCUCUGUCUUCGCGUUUUCAUGGUCUGUACCAGGGCGUACUGAAGAUCCAGCUACAGAUUCAUCAGUUGGAUCGGCGAAACUUGAUGUCAGCUCAGAGGCGCCCGGAGUGAACAAAGCACCAAGUGACAGCGUGGAGGUUCCUGUGGCAGCUGCGUGGGAGGAAGGCGCACAUAAAAACCUGACACAGGCCUCGCCGGCAGCAUCGCUUCACGACAUUGAUCCUGCAGCAUCGGCGACACCUGAGGGAGAGGAUGUGGCCACCUCAAAGCCAAAACAAGUAACCUUCUUUGACAGGAUCUUCAAACUGGAGAAGGAAAGGAAUAAAACACAAAUUGAUACCCAGGAGGAGAGGCAGACUUCAGACCUUCUUGAGGGGCGCAUCACGGCAAAAGAGGCUGCUGGAUUACAGAGCACAUCAAACGGUGUCCCACGGGGGAAGGAGAUAGAUGCCUGCAACCAAGAAGACCUACGGCAGGACUCGGCAGGUGUCAACAGUCUCACUGCUGAGCAAUCUGAAAAGGCAGAGGUAAAACAAGACAACCCCCAACCAGCUGCUGCAGUAGAUAACUCCGUCAUGAGUUUCCUUAAAACACUGGUCUCUCCAAGCAAAGCUGAAGCCAAAAGUGAUCCUGAAGACAAGGGAUCAAAAGCAGAAAAAGGCCAUGGUGGGCAAGCUGAUCCGAAGACAGCGGCAGAAUCCCAAACUAAAGGAGCCAAGAAAAAGAAGGCACAGAGUCCCAAGCUAGGACACAGUACAUUUAGUAAACUCUUUAGGCAUAAGGCUGCGAAAGAGACCCAACAGACAACUAAUACCAAAAGCACUGAACAGCAGCCUCUUACCUCUGCCAAAUCAGACAAAAAUGUCCCUUCCCCUCAAGAGGCGCAGACGACUAAGCAGAAUACAAAAGGUGCUGAGCCUGCAGCCCAGCCGCAGGCGGUGGCCACCGAAACCCCCAAAGAGGCGACAAAGGAGAAAGCAUCCUCCACCCCUAUGCCACUCAGCAAACUCUUUUGGAAAAAGAACGCCUCGGAAGAAGCAGAGAUGGUAAGCAGUGAAAAAGUGGAGGUGUCUUUAGAAGCAGUGCCUACUGACAAGGAUGAGAGUAAGAGCCCAGAAGCUGCCGAAGUGAAACCCAGAAGAGAAGAGAGUAAAACCCCCAAAGCAAACCUGAGGAAGUUUUUCAAACUGUCAGUCAAAGGUGAUGGAGGGACAACCAUUUUAGAAGAGGUAAAUGGCCCAAGCCCCAGUCACCAAACGUUAAACUCCACAGAGAGGCCAGUUGCCCCAGCUGAAAGCGAACCUGUGGGCCAAAAGAGCAAAGAGAGUGCAAAGGACAAGAAGUCUACAGCGGAGCUGAGCAAGCAGAAAGGCAGCAAACAGGAAACCAGGGAGCAGCCAGACUCCAGGGAGCAGCAAGCAGCCGAGACCGACUCCAUCCAGAACGGAGGAGACGCUUCAAAGGAACCCUCCUUCAAGAAGACAGAGAAGAGGCAGUCACUUGGAGGGUUCUUUAAGGGCCUUGGCUCCAAAAGGAUGUCUGACGCGGAGGUGCAAACAGAUCCAGUGUCGAUCCUACCUGCUGGGAAAACCAAGUAAUGAAUACACUUGGCUGCUGAAGGAUCCGCAGCUCUCUGUGAGCUCCCCUUGCAGUAGAUAUGACUCAUUAUUUUCCUUUACGUGGCUGUCAUCAAAUGCCUGAGGCAAAAGCAAACAUUGGUGUAUCAUUUAAGGUAUAUCAUUUACCGGGUUUGUUCAUUAGAUGUUAGAAAGCAAUUCUAAAGAUCAUCAAGAAAUGUGCAGUAUAUUAAAGAAAGGUCAUGUGGAUUAUUUUAAGUCUAUAAAGGGUCGAGCAUGUAAGGUAAGAAAGUAGCAGUGAAUUAAAUAAAUGGCAGAAAAAAAAUUGCAUGUGACAAAGGAAUGCAGUUUGUGCAGCAAGGCAUGAGCAACAAAUCUCCAGCUUUAGAGAGCUUUACAGCAGCCAGGGAGAAAAAAAAAUCUCCUUUGAUAAAUGUUAUACUUAAAUGUAAAAACAACCAAGACACCUUUUGUCUUUUUCAGUAGAGCUGAAAUUAGCAAAAACUGCAAUAUAGUAGAAUCAGCCGUUAUAAAGUUAUGCUUCAUAUUGGUUAUUAAUGUAAUUUAAAACGCUAAAAUGCAAAGGCUUUAUAUGAUUGAGACAAAUUCUCUCUUGUCUUGGUGAGGUGGAAUAACAAAUUAAAAACUAUUUAAGGUUCUAAUGGCAACACCAGGGGGCACCCGCGUCCCCACCAUAGUCCUAAUGCGAAGGUUGUACCUACGAUCCUGUUAUUAAUGUUUUUCAGAUGAUAGGAAACUUAGUUGUUUAUCAGAUAUUUGUGUAUAUCCAUACUUGUAAUUAACCCUAACAAAAAAAAACAAAAUCCAGGACCUUCCUGCUUCACAAGUCUCCUGUAAUAACUGUAGUUAAUAAAUUUUACAGAAAAUUAAGAUUUCUGUGGUUUAUUCAACCCUGAGCUAACCUGGCCAGGGAACCAUGAGCCUGACAUUUUAAUCCACGUAGCAUCUGCAUGAUACAGUACUGUAAAUUUUGACCUCCUUGUUAUUAAAUAAACAAACACUUAUCCUUUUGAAAAAAAAAAAAACAAAAUGCUUUUUUAAUCUUAAAAUGUAGUUUGUUAUUUACAUUCCUGUUUUCUGAUUAUUAAGGUGACAUUAAGGCAUAAAUCAACACGUAGAACCCCUGCCUGUGAAG